AUGAACGCACAAAGAGUUGGCAUGCGGGCACUGCGACAAGUAGUCGCCAGGCAGCCCAAUGCCUUCUUCGCCCACAACCUUCCACGCCUCGCCCUGGCCAACUACCAGACCCGCGGUGCUGCCACAACCAAGCUCAACCAAGACGACGCCCAAGCCCUCCUCGCCGCUCAGCGCAAGCAGCGCCCUGUAGCGCCCCACCUGACGGCCUACGACUACAGCCAGACAUGGUUCGGCUCCUCGAUCUGGACGCGCAUCACGGGCUCGGUUCUCACGGGCGGCCUAUACACCUUCUCGCUGGCGUACCUCGCGGCCCCCCUCAUGGGCUGGCACCUGGAGUCCGCGUCGCUGGCCGCGGCCGUGGCGGGCCUCCCGAUGGCCGUCAAGGGCGGGGCCAAGUUCUUGGUGGCGUGGCCCUUCCUGUACCACGCCUUCAACGGCACGCGGCAUCUCGUCUGGGACUUCGCCAUCGGCUUCCAGAAGGGCGACGUGACGAAGGGCGCCUGGGUCAUCUGGGGCGGGAGCUUGCUGAGUGCCCUCGGCAUCGCCUUCCUGCUGUAG